GCUCCCCGCUCCAAGAUGGACUGUCCAAAGAACGAUUACUCUGCAGUGCGCCGAAAGUUUGCUGUAGGAAAACUUGGUUACAGUGAUAGCAAAGGAUGAAUAGUCACAGCCAUGAACAGACUGAAGCAAAAUGGCCAUAGCAGUAACAGCAGCAAACAAAAUGGACAUUCCCGGAGUUAUCUCCCUUACAGGAAGGAGUUGGACAGUUGUCUGCCCCUGCCCGCACUCUCCUUCCCCGCAGCAGCAGGCAUUGUGUUCUUCUGUGCGGUGUCAUGUUUUGUAAAUAGUUACCAUGGAAAUUUUGUCUUUGAUGACAGUGAAGCCAUAUUGUCCAACAAUGAUCUCAAACCUGAAACCCCUCUGUCCGAUUUGUUUAUGCAUGACUUUUGGGGAAACAAGCUGGACUCUAAAACCAGUCACAAGUCCUACCGUCCCCUAACUGUGCUGACCUUCAGAUGGAAUUAUUGGCUGUCAGGCGGUGCCUUCCCUAUGUCAUUCCACAUCGUAAACAUUGUUCUUCAUGGCCUUGUGUGUGUACUCAUGCUUAUCGUAUUCUCAUUGGUCCUGUCUGGUUGCCAUAGCGACACAGAGGGACGGAUUGUGUUUGGUACUCCUAAAUCAUCUCUGCUGUGCGCGGUGCUGUUCGCUGUUCAUCCAGUUCAUACAGAAUCGGUGGCAGGAAUUGUGGGAAGGGCAGAUCUCUUGUGUGCCUUGCUCUUCAUUCUUUCAUUUCUUUGUUAUGUUCGUUCCUGUUGCCAAGAAAUCUCAUCCCGACCCAACAGAAGCCUUCAUCGUCCAGAGACCUUCUCUAUGGCCUGGCUGUGUCUGUGUUUGGUGCUGUGUGGUCUGUCUGUACUGUGUAAAGAGCAGGGCAUCACAGUCAUUGGUGUAUGUAGUGCAUAUGACAUCAUCAUCAUUUGUAAAAUUGAUAUUUUGAAAUUCCUCGGAUUGAAAAAGUCUGGAAUGAAUGCAAAAAAUGAUGCCUCUAGAUCUCCAAGCAAUAUUGAUCAGAGGCCUUCAGGAGAAUGGUUUAAAAGUCUGUUUGUGCGUCAUGUGUUCCUGGUGAUCAUUGGUCUGACCAUUCUUGUCACUAGAUGGCGUGUCAUGGGAUCAGCGCCACCUAUAUUCCAAGUGUUUGAUAAUCCACAUUCCUUUGUAAAUAAUACAUUAAUUCGGGCCUUGAAUUACAACUAUCUGUAUGCCUUGAACUGCUGGAUACUUGUCAAUCCCUGGUGGCUGUGUUUUGAUUGGUCCAUGGGGAGUGUGCCAACCAUCGACUCUGUCUCAGAUCCGCGUUUAUUGGCUGUGAUAGUCAUGUGGGUGGUGCUUAUAUUUCUUAUAUACUCAGCUGUUAUUCAAGAAGUUGGUCAGGAGCAGAGAAUGCUGACUAUGGCCCUAGCUCUGUUAAUCGUCCCAUUCCUGCCAGCCUCCAAUCUGUUUUUCCGUGUGGGCUUUGUCAUUGCCGAGCGAGUUCUAUAUUUGUCCACAGCGGGAUUUUGUAUAUUGGUUGUCAUGGGAAUCAGCAAGCUUCAUCAAAAAUGUCCCAGCAUUGAUAUUCGUUACUUUGUGUUCUUCCUGGUUUCCAUAUUUAUGCUGAGAUCAAUUCAGAGAAGCAAUGAGUGGAACACAGAAAUGUCUCUGUUUACUUCUGGUGCCAAAACCUGUCCUCUAAAUGCUAAGAUACAUUACAAUAUAGGAAAAAUAAACUCCGAUGUAGGCAAUGUUGAAGCAAUAAGUAAAUACAGAUUAGCUAUCAGCCUGAACCCCGACUACGACCAAGCAAUGAAUAACCUGGGUAACUUACUUAAGGAUCAGGGACAGAACACUGAGGCUGAACAGUUGUUACGGAAGGCUGUAGAGAUAAGACCUGAUUUUGCUGCUGCUUGGAUGAAUCUUGGUAUUGUACAGGCAGCCCUGAAGAAACAGAAAGAGGCAGAACAGAGUUAUCAUACAGCACUCAGACAUCGCAGGAAGUAUCCAGACUGCUACUAUAAUCUAGGAAACCUUUAUCUGGACAUGGGACAGCACCAGUCAGCCCUGAGUGCCUGGAGAAAUGCUACCCUCCAAAGGCCAAGCCACCUUAAUGCCUGGAGUAAUAUGGUGAUCUUGCUGGACAAUCUGGAGAAACUAGAACAGGCUGAGUUGGUGGGCAAGGAGGCAAUCAAGCACGUCCCAAAUGACCCCACCCCCUACUUCAACCUCGCUAACGUCAUUGGUAAAGCCAAUCGCUACCAGGAGAGCGAACAGUACUUUCUAAAGGCUAUUCAUCUCAGUGGAAAAUCUCCAGCAGCCAAGAUGUAUGCCAACUUAGGUGUACUUUAUCAUCGCUGGGAGAAACCAGUCGAGGCAGAGAGGGCAUACCUAAAGGCCCUGGAAAUAGAACCAGCCAAUCAGAGCGUUCUACAGAAUCUACAGAUGUUACGUCGAAAAUACAAGAAAGGACAGUCCUAGCAUAAUGUUUAGCUUGUUAUAUACUACAAAAGUGUGACUCAAAUGAAGUAUCCCUGUGUGCUUACAUAAUUUACCCAACAAACUACUGUAGAUGUACUUUUUUCCACGGGGUCAUAAUUUCGCAGAAUCUCAAUUUCUGUUGAAUCCGCAUGUAGAUAAUUAUGCAGAUUUCCUAGAAUGUAUUCCUAUAUGGCUUACAUUUAUGUCAAGUACCCUUGGAUUUCGCAGAAAAUUUGUGACCACGUACAUAGCGUAAAUUAAUACCACUCAGAAAAAAGUACUUAUACAGUAUUAUAGGAAACACUAGAAUUGAAAAUUAAUGAAGAUGAUGCAAAUAUGCAUCGUCAGAAACCCACGAUGAUGGCAAGUAUCUGGCCUUGUCUACUAAAGCUGAUGGCAAUUAGAUGUCAGCUUCUGUCAAUGAUUGGAAGGGCUGCCAUAUUGACACAAACUUAAUCUACAUGUACUAUAUAGUAGCCAAAGCAUAUCUGGUAUUACAUUUUUAUAUGCAAAAUUAGGUAGUAGUGAAGACAUAAGAGGAGAUAAGAUCUAUAGUCACUUUUUAUAUAAAAAUUUUCGUUCAUUUCUUUUUUUCCAUAUCAUUGAUGUGAAGUUCAAUUUGGUCAGGCUUAUUGAAUUUUGUGUUUGUAAAAAAACAAAUUUAUAUGUGUCUUUUUUUAGACAGGUGCAAUUGUUGGGGUAAAAAUGUAUUUGAUCUCUUGUACACUGAAAAAAAAGUGAUUAAACCAUAUUUGGGACACUGUACACCAACUAUCCCAAUUCAGGUAUAUUUAUGCAUCAGCAUUAAUGAUAUUGACUUUAUAGUGUAGAUAACUUAAUUUUGGUGACACAUUAUUUUUGUGAGAUUGCUUUCCGAUAUUUAUAAGCAAAACAAUAUUUUCAUUAAUUUUGGUUAUUGCUCUCUUAAAUCUUUAACAGAAGAUUUAUAUACGAGAAUGAAAUUUUCGCAA